CAGCUAGAAAAAAACGCAGAAAGGAAGGAGGAAAAUUUGCUCUGAUCACGCCAUUGCUAUCCGCCGAUGAAUACGACAACUUUAAGAAACUCUAUUAUCAUUUAAGCACAUUUGGAUUUAAGCGUUUCGAUUGUGAAGUUAUGACCUAACCGGGUCAUUUGGAGGAUACAGCGUUUGCACUUUGACGGAAUAACGUCCUUUGGGGAUUUUAAUACAUAGGUUUGAUCUCUUUCUGUGGAGUGGAGUAGAGUGCAGCUCAAAGGAUAAAUACAGAUAACCUGAACUCUGAAUAAUAGAGAGCCUAACACCAUGUUGGGAAAUGCGGGGAUCUAUGCGGCCAAGAAGCGCAAAAAGCCUGUGCAGAAAAUCCCUAAGCCUCCUCCCCCUGAGGGUGUGAAGUCGAACCCCUCCAAGCGGCACAGGGACCGCCUGAAUGGCGAACUGGACAAGCUGACCAACCUGCUGCCCUUCUCCGAGGAUGUGCGGGCGCGACUGGACAAGCUGUCCGUACUCCGCCUCAGCGUGGGCUACCUGAAGGUCAAGAGCUUCUUCAAAGCCACCAUGAAGCCCAGCAUCGGUUGGCCAGGACAGGGAGCAUUUGGGACAAAUGGACAGACCACCAGCAGCCUGGACGGGGUCAGCUUCUCCGAGGGAGACCUGUUGCUUCAGGCGCUGAAUGGCUUCGUGAUGGUGGUCACUGCAGAGGGAUACGUGUUCUACUCCUCGCCCACCAUCCAGGACUACCUGGGCUUUCACCAGUCUGACGUGGUCCACCAGAGUGUGUUUGAGCUGAUCCACACAGAUGACCGCGCCAUGUUCAGACGCCAGCUCCACUUCGCCCUCAACCCCACACAGACCGACUGCACAGAGGCAUCCGACAGUAUGCAGAGCAGCAGUGAAGUCACCAGCAACCUGAUGACCUACAACCCCCUGCAACUCCCCCCGGAGAACUCCUCCUUCCUGGAGAGAAGCUUCUGCUGCCGCUUCCGCUGUCUCCUGGACAACUCCUCAGGCUUCCUGGCUCUGAACUUCCAAGGUCGUCUGAAGUACCUGCACGGGCAGAACAAGAUGGCGGAGGACGGCACCAUGUCCCACCCACAGCUGGCGCUCUUCGUCAUAGCAACGCCCCUGCAGCCUCCGUCCAUCCUGGAGAUCCGCAGCAAGACGCUCAUCUUCCAGACCAAGCACAAGCUGGACUUCACACCUAUGGGCGUCGACACCAGGGGAAAGGUUGUUUUGGGCUACUCAGAGUUGGAACUCUGCAUGCGUGGCUCGGGCUACCAGUUUAUCCACGCUGCCGACAUGAUGUACUGCGCAGACAACCACCUGAAGAUGAUGAAGACGGGGGAGAGCGGCCUGACGGUGUUCCGGCUCCUGACCAAAGGGGGCUCCUGGCUCUGGGUCCAGGCCAACGCACGCCUCAUCUACAAGCAAGGACGACCGGAAUUCAUCGUGGCUCGCCAGAGGGCUCUGACAAACGAGGAGGGCGAAGAGAACCUGCGUCAGAGGAAGAUCCAGCUCCCGUUCAACUUUGCGACGGGCGAGGCCGUGCUGUACGAGAACGCCGCCCCCAUGGGCUCCAUCCCCAUCCAGCCCACCAAAGAGCCGCUGAAGCUGACCACCACCGCCGAGCAGGUCAACGUGGACCCCGACUCCAUGCUGGGCUCCAUGCUCAAGCAGGACCAGAUGCUGUACGGCAACGGCAACGGCAACGGCAGCAGCGACGCCGCCGCUAACGCUAACGCCAACGUCCAGUUCCCUCCGAUGCCCAUCGACGUGCCCGUGAACUUGCCCAUGGACCAGAUCUUCCUGGACAGCCACGCGCUGAUGACGGGCACGGCGCCGGCCAUGGGCCCGGUCAAGGCGGAGGCCAGCGUGAAGGACAUGGUGGAGACCCUGCAGCAGAUCAUCGCCGACGCCAGCCUGUGCCCGGAGCUGCAGCUGGACAUGGAGGUGGGCGAGCUGGAGCUCAAGGAGUGGGAGAGCACGCUGCUGCGCAUGAACAUGACCACCAGCGAGAGCGCCGUGCAGCUCAACAGCAUCCUCGCCAACGACAUCUUCUCCUACGUGGAGGGCCUGUUCGAGGAGAACGGCCUGCAGAUGCCCGCCGCGGGCCAGGCCGGCGCCUUCGGGGACGUUCACCCCGACUGCCUGCCCGAGAUGGAGCUGCAGACCUCCAUCAUGGCGGCCGCAGGGCAGGGCUUCGGCCUGCAGGGGGCUCCACUUCCACAGCAGCAGCAGCAGCAGCAGCCGACGUUCAACGAUGCCCAGCAGCAGAGCAGCCUCCUGGGCAUGGGCCUCCAGAACAACGUGCCCAUGGGAGGGGCGCCGCGGGGCACCAUGAAGCUCACCCACAUGGGCCCGGAGAUGACGCUGGCGCAGUCGGUGCCCGCCGGCGGCCUCCAUGCCCAGGCUCUGCCGCAGAGGGUCCUGGGGAACGGAGCCGACCGCCAAGGCUUCGCCGCGGCCGCCAUGGCCGGACAGUACAACAACCACCAACAGAGCCAGGGUCAGCUCCAGCAGGGUCGCCUAGGCAACGGGCCCCAGCAGAACAGCAGGGUGGCCGUGCCCCAGCGGCGGAUACUGACCGGUCAGCAGGAGAUGCUCGGCCAGGUGCACCCCAACGCCAUGACGGUGCCCGCCAUGCCGCACCACAACGCCAUGCCCGCCGCCGCCGCCGCGGCCCUGCCGUCCCAGCCAAUGGCCUUCCAGGGGCAGAAGCCUCUCGGCCAACCGAACGGCCAGGACGGCCCGUGGGUCUCGUCCCUGCCCGGCUCCGCCAUGGGGAUGCCGAGCCAGGCGGACAUGUCGCUGACCAACUCGCCGGCCGCGUGCGUGCAGGGGCGCUUCUCGCUGCACACCCAGCCGGGCCAGAACUCGUGGCCGCCCCAGCAGCAGCCCCAGCCCCAGCAGAACCACCUGUCUCAGCAGAACCACCUGCAGCAGAUCCAGCCCCAACAGAACCAGAACCAGAACCACCAGAACCAUCAGCAGCAGCAGCAGCUCCCCAACGCCCUGUCCAGCGGACACCAGCACUUCCAGCAGUCCAGCUGCUACGCUCAGACUCCGGACUUCCAAAGAGACAUGUCACAGCUUCUCCCGCAGAGCGCGCAGGCCUUCGGGACGACGUUCCGCCCCCAGAACCCCAUCGCCGCCUCCUCCGCCUCCUCCUCCUCCUCCGCCCCUCCGCUGCCGGGCUUGAUGGGCGUCGCCCACGUGCCCAAGAACAGCUGCAUGUUCGACAGCUCGCCCCCGGCCGCCGCCCUGGCCCAGAUCAACCCCGCCGCGCCCGGCCCGUCCGCCCUGGUCAACGGCGUGGGCUACAACCACCGCCGGCCGGACGUCUCGGCGCUGCCCGGCCACGGCAUGAAGGGCCUGCUCCACCACAGCCCGCCCCAGCAGCAGCAGCAGCAGCAGCAGCAGCAGCAGGCGCCCUGUUUCUACCAGCGCGGCGCCACCGACGCCCUGGGCACUGCCAACGCCGCCGCCGCCGCCGCCGCCAUGCCCGGCCUCAACCACAUGACCCCGCAGGACGCGCUCAACCCCCUGGCCAACCAGCUGGUCAUGGGCAUCUCCGCGGAGGCCCUGAUGGCACAGCAGCGGCAGUUCCUCUGCAACGGUCAGACGCAGAUCACCAACCCAUUGAUAAAGGACAACGGUCCCUUCCAGUUCCCUAACAUGGUCAAUGAAACCACAUACUUCACAGAGAACAAUCAGAGCAACUGCUGCGAUUUCUAGGAGCACAGACAGAGAGACAUUUGCCUUUUUUGUCCUGUCGUGAAAGUGGACGCUGGCAGACCUGACGAAGCAGCCCUCGUCUCUAAACAAAAACUGAGUCCAGACUGACUAAAACAGAAACAAAACGGAUAACAGCAGGUUCACUUCAUGCCUUCUGAGAUUCUCUCUACGUGCCUUCCUGUGGAGAUGUGACAGCGACUUUUUUUUUGUGUGCUCUUUUUUUUCGUUUUUUUUUUUUUUUGUCCUCACAGCAGCCGCAGCUCAAAACGUACAAACGAGGACCUUGCAUGACAUCAGUCAGACUCUUUGAUUUUGUUUGUUUGUUUGUUUGUUUGUUUGUUUAAAAAUGCAAAUGGAAUUGAAAUGGAAGCAGCAGCAGGACUGUCACUGGAGAACCCGGGAGCUGCUCUUCGGAGGAAAGGAAAAGACACCAGGAAGGUGCAAAAGAAAAUAUUUAUUUUGUUUUGUUUUGUUUUGUUUUGCAUUCUAGGCAAUUGUUUUUUUGUUUUUUUCAUUUCUUUGUCACUCUUGAUUUUAGUAUGCCUUGUGUGUGUGCAUUUUACAGCCACAGGAGAUUAGUGUAUGUGUGUGUGUGUGUGUGUGUGCGUGUGUGUGUGUGUGUGUGUGUGUGUGUGUGUGUGUGUGUGUGUGUGUGUGUGUGUGUGUUUGUGCGGUAGGUUUGCUACCUGUGAUCUCUUUAAUGAAGUAAGCAUGCAGAAGGCAGAGGGAGACACACACACACACACACACACACACUCACACACACACACCACAGAUAUGAACACUGCAGGUCAUCUCUGGGCCCAGACGCAGGUGGAGUUGUGGACAACCUGGAUGGUGGCAAAGUUCAAAGGUCAGGGGGUCAGGGAAGUCAUCCGACUCUGGAGUGAGAGUGAGGAACAGGGACGCAACAGAGGGAAGAGGAGAGGAGAGGAAAGAAAGGAUGACAGGGAGGGGAAGAAGAGGAGAAGAGAGGCGAGGGUGAGAGAGGAUGACCAGGAGAGACAGAGAAGAGAGGAGUUGUCGGUUGGCUACGUUUCUGCCAUAGCCAUAGCUGCCAUACAUCUCCCUGGCACCUGGUCAGUGCCCACUGGUAGCCUCCCCACCCAGACUCCCCAUGGGCCUGAGGAACGGGGCCACCCUCCAGGGGCCAGCCUCCAGGGGGCCACCCACUAAGGGUCCACCCCCCGCUGCACUGGGAGCCCAGUACAGCCAUCCCCAGUCUUUGGAGCCUUGGUCAUCUGUGACUGUGGGCGGCUGGGUAACAGAACAGUAGGGCAUCGGGGGGCAAGAAGCCGCUCAGCGUCUGAUAUUACCCCAGCGUCCACUACUUGCCUUUCUCACUUCCCCCCUCCCCCACAGUGUCCACUACUCUCCCAGGCCACCCUCACUGAUCCCCCCCCCCCCCCCAAAACUGCUAGCCAAACUGCAUUAUGUUAUAAUAUAUCACAAUGUAACAAGGUAUGUUAAUCAAAAUGUUAAAGGAUAACAUUUAUUCACUCUGCUUUGUGUUGUUUUGGUUCGCUUUAUGAAUGUGUCUUUUAUAUUUUUUAUAAGCAUUUAAUCAAAAAUAUCAGAUACGUAAAUGAGCCAUUUUUAUCUUCCUCUGUCCUCUGUCUCAGGCUUCUUCUUCUUCUAACUGCCUUCUCUCUCUCUCUCUGUCCUUCUCGCUCUCCGUUAUCUCUCUCAUUCUCUCUCUCUCUCUGUUUUAAACGUAUGAUUCUGUUGGAGGAGAAGGACACACAGGAGAGGGACCCCCCACACACACACACACACACACACAUUUUGCCCCCCACCAGGCUGUCAGUGUGAUCUCUGCAUCCCUGAACAGACCUGGACAGGACAGGAGAGGAGAGAAACGACCUCUCUAAAACACGCAGAUGGCCUCUAAUGGGAAAGACAGCAGGUGGCCGUAGCACUGAGAUGAUUGGCUUGUAGCGACCAAUCACCCACUUGCUCCUGCUUUUGUUUUUUGUUUUGUUGUUGAUGUUGUUGUUGUUGUUGUUGUUUCUUUUUCUUUUUCUCCCUUCUUUCCUUCAAAUUGUAUGUUUGUAUGUUUCUAUACCAGAAUGGAGAUUGUAUUAUAGAGUUGUUGAAGCUUAGCAUGUCCACUCUUCUCUGCGCGAGACUUCCUGGUCCUUGUCCAGCACGGCAAUUCUGAUUGGUUUCCGUCUGACUGUCAACAAGGAGUAGGAGGUGCUUAACCAGAGGCAAGAGAGUGGAUUGGCAGACCCUAUGUGCCUUCAAUUCACAUUUCACCAGAGUGUAGCUUUUGUAUAUUCCAAAAAAAAACAAAAACAAAUAGGACUGUUCUAAUUACUCAUGAACUUUGCUUUUCUGUUAUUGAAAUGUAAAUAAAGAAAAAAAGAAAAAAUGUAUGUAACAUACCUUACCUCAACAUAGGAGUAUGGCCGCCUAUGAAUUCUGUAGAAAAGGGCAAACUAGUUUGUAGCGCUGGAAGCAUGGGUUUUCUCCUGACUCGUGUAGGUUUGUGAGCUGAAUAUCGCCGAAGACGUUGAAAGUCGUCCUCUUGACGUCCGUAAGAGGUGGCUCUCAUAGAGGUGUCCUUUCCAAGGAAAAAACAGCCUCAAGGAAUGGCCUUAAGCCUUAGAGGAUUGCCCCCCUCCAAUCUUAGACACCACUCACACAUACACACACACACACACACACACCAAAGUCAGAAGCAUUUAUCGUCUUUGGCGUCACUUUACACACCCUCUCCUUUGAGGUGUAUCAGUGGCCUCUCCAGCAUAAACCAUAACAGUACAUGGCAGCUACAGGAUCGUAUGCAGUUUGUUCAAAAAUAUCUGGAGGUCAAUGGGGUGAGGUCCGUAAAAAAAUAGGCCCUCAGACCACGACAGGAAAUGCUUUACCCGUUCAUAUGAGAUUAUUCUACGACACGUAUCUACGACUCUCCCUCAGCAGUUAGUCUGACAUGUUAAAAACAUCCCAAGUGCCUUGAGGUUUUUAUUUCAUUUGAUUUCUUGCCUUAGUGACCUGUAAUGGGCUCUCUGUGUUGGUUUCAACUGUGAUUUGUUUGCUGGUUCUGUUGAUCCGAACAGAUAGGAAGUGAAAGGUUUGGUUGGUACUGUAAAUAUGCAGCACGUAGUGAUGCCCCCAACUAAAGUAUGCCACUGAUCUAAAAAAAUCUAUGAAUGCUUUAAAUCAAAGACUAUUUAAAAUAGUUGUUGAUUCUUAUAAUAGCAAUUGAGAAAAAAAAUGGAAAGAUGUGUUCUUGUCCCUGCGGUGUGAUCCCUCAUUGCGGAAGCCUUCGGAGAUGUUCUGUCACUCAGUAGUGAAGAGGACAUGGUUAUGUCGGGGGGAUGUGACCGUAGACAGAGACACACAGGAGAUGGAGUGAGAGUGAAUGUGUCUGUGGAAUGUGAGGUGAUCGGAGGUGUUGGUUGAACCAUGUUGGUUUGGGAGGGAGGUGGUUGCUAGUGACGGUGCGUAGCUACAGGAAGGCUGGUGUGGUCCAACGGGAAACAUGGACGAGGACUAACCAGAGGACAUACCAGGAAGCGACAGCAUUUUGACACUUUCGGUUUCUUUCUUUCAAACACACACAGAGAGAGAGAGAGAGAGAGAGAGAGAGAGAGAGAGAGAGAGAGAGAGAGUUCUGAGCAUGGAAUCCUGGCAUGCUCCUAAACUCUCGCAAAAUGGAAGAGAGCGGCGAAAAAAACCACACUGGUGCCAACUUUCCAAAUGAUUCUGGUCGUUUCGGGGUUCGGCGCUGCUCAGCCAACUAAUUAAAUGCGUUUUCUGCAUGCUUUAGAACAAUGGAACAAUGGAAGCACUUGCUACUGCAGAUGUCUGUUUUUUCCUGCCCCCACCCCGCGUAAACCCCACCAGCCGCUCACUGGACUGGUCCCGGCCCAGGUCUGGGCCUCUUCCGGCACCACAGCCAUCCCAUCAUCUGCUAUCUAGACAGAGGAAAGUGUGAGGGCAAGUUUCUUUUCUAAAUGCAGUAUCAUCGUAUUAUUUACAUUUUUUUUUUAAAUGUAUGUAUGUGAUUUUAUUGUUUCGUGUCUGUUUGUUUGUUUGUUUGUUUGUUUGUCUGUGUGCUACCUGGCCUUAUAAGAGCCCUCACGUACCAUGUACCAUUUUGUAAAUUUUCUGCACAGCUGUUAAAUAUGUAAGCCAUUUUUGACGGAUUUUUUUCCUAAAAUACAGCAUAAUUAUAUUGUAGCUUUGACCUUUUUUUCUUGUUAUUUUGUAAUUGCAAAGAGCCCCUCUUUUCUGUGCCUCAUUAUUAAUAUUUCUUGUGCUAUUAAAAAGCAUUUUGAUGA